AUGUCCAACAAGAACAAGUCAAAAAAGCCGAAUGCAAGCAGUCCAGACGUCGAUAAUGGCAGAAGAAAGGUUGUCAAGGGUAGUCCGGCGAAAGAGGAAAUUAUCGGUAAGAGGGAGGAGGAGCCAAGAGGCACAUCGAAGCCUGUAACGGCAACCAUUUCGACACCUGUACAAAAGCCUAGAGAUACCCCAGUAGCGAAGCCGAAAGUUGAAGAGACACCCUGGUCAGAAUGGAAUUGGGACGAAGUGUCUGGGCAGUGGUACAGAGCCAGACUUGGCCCAGAUAAAACCUGGCAAUAUGACUUCCCAGAGCCUUUACCGCCAGUACUUCCACCCAGUCCAGUUCCUCAAUUUGCCCCGGCGAAGAAAUUUCAGUAUUCUGAGCCGGAAGCUAGGGUCAUAUUCGCGAAUGAGGUUGUAUACCAAAUACCAGACUCGAAAGGAGGGUAUCUGUUGGCGGUAAGGCAGGAUAAGACCAUCUGGAAUGUUGAGGAGACAUCGAGUUCGACAAAAUCUAAGGAAGCCCCAAAGAAAGCCGACAACGAUACGGAGAAGAAAGAUGGUAGCGUAGUGAAAGCUACACCUUCAAGUGCUGACAGCCAGAAACCAUUUGCGGGAGAAAAGGCCCCAGUUAAGGCAGGCGCCGAAGCUAUGGAUAUAAAACCGGCGGGUGUAGACUCAAGUCCCAAGAAGACUGUAGGUUUAGAGCGAGUGCAUGAGUGGAGGGUGCAGGUUAAUGAUGCUGCGCAGAAGGAAGUAAAUGGCUCCGCUCCAGAACCGACCAAGAAGCAGUUGCCCGAAAUAAAUAAGGAGUCGAAGCAAUCUGUAAAGCCAAAGAAGGCGAUAUACAUUGAAAGCGACGAGGAUGAGCCGCCUAGACAUCGAGGAAGACAGAGAGAGCGGAGAAGGUGA